AUGCUGAGUGAACUUCGCUCGCGCCAGGGGGGCCUAAAGAAUUUCUUCGCAGCGAUGUCGCGGCGCGUGACCUCUGUCGCUUCCUCCAUUCCUUUCCAGCGAGAUUCGGGACUCGCGGGUGGGGGCUUGCGCAUGCCUCUGCGCGUGGAGCGUCCUGCGCAGAAUUCGCGGGCUUUGUGCCUUGCUGCCGUCUCUGCGGCCUCCGCCACGACGGAGAAAUGCAGUGGCACUACAAGAAGAAGACGCGUGAGAAGCAGCAGCUCCCUCUUGAGACUACGAAAUCCCGCGGGCCUGAGUGAAGAAGCUUCAGGCACGUCUGCUGGCUGCUGGGCUGGGCAAGGCCGCAGAGAAGAGCCAAAGACUCCACCGCACCUUUAUCCUCACGCCGGCCCCCGCGUGGGCGCUGCAUCCUCUUUCCUCGUUUCUGCUUCUCUUGCUGCGCUAGAAACUUGCGCAACGACGGGUUUUCUGCCGCCGCUUGGUCGUGGUUGCCGUCCUGUCUCUGUGUUUCGUGGCUCUGCGUUUUCUCCGCCUUCUUUCUCGGCGUCUUCGUUGCCUCGCGCCUUCUCGACGAGCAGCUGUCGACUGCGGAGGCGGGGCUCGCCGGAGCCGGGCCGCGAGGUAGGCGUCAGCCGCCGGCAGGCUUCCCCUGCUCCUUCGCCACGCGAGUCCGCGGAGUCCUCUUUUCUCUCGUCUUUAGCUGCUUUCUCUCUGCGAAGGCGCCCGCCGGGGAUGUCCGAAGGCGGAGCCGCGCCCGCGCCGGCUGCCCUCGAGGAGACGCGCUUCCCACACGAGAGACAGGCAGAGAGACGCGGACCGAGCUGGGAGAAGCCAGGGAAGCCUGGGCGCAGCCUCAGGCCGAUCGGCGGCCUCGCCAGCGUCGCCAGUGCGUCGCUUCUAUUCGCGUUUGCGUUCCGGAGGUGGGCUGAAGAGCAAGAAGAAAAACGGAAGACUGCAUGGUGGAAGACCUCCCGUCCUGCGGCGGCCGAGUCUUCCGCUCCGCCGCCGUCCGCGCCAUCUGCAUCCUCGCCUGAGCGCCCUUUGCCUCUCCCGCCUCGCCCGCCUCCGGUGGAGCGGCUGGCGCCAUCUCUGCCUCCUCAGCUUCCCUGCGGGGACUCUGCUGUGCGUGGGCUCGCGGACACGACUACGGCGGAGAGCGACGCGCCUGAGCGCGCGCCGCUGUCGGGCGAGUCCGACCGACCUUCCGCCUCGAGUUCUUCUUCCAAGCCUCCGUCCCCGUCGGCUGUCGCGGGGCUAGUGUCCACCGUCUUGUCGGUCGCAUGCGGCGCCGCACGUCGGGCGCAGGCCGAGGAGGAAGCGCGAAGGCGUCGGGCGAUUCAGGAGAUGAUUUUCGGCACGCCGAUGCGUCUCGAGGUCGCGGAAGGAGGCGGAAGCCUGCAGGUCGUCGUGCACGAUUGCCGCCCGUUAGCCGCCGCCGAAGCGUCUCUCGCGAGGGACAUCUUGGCGGCCGCCGGCGCGAUAGGCGAGGGCAGGCCGCCCGACGCGGGAGAACGGCGGGAACGGAGCAUCGAAGAAGACGAGGAAGUGCGAGAGGCGAUGGACCUCUUCAGGGACACCGAGAAGGAGUUGUGGGAGUCUGCAGCCUUCAGGAAAAUCGUGGAGGCGUGGCGCCAGGAGCUCUACUGCCGCACAGCUGUCGGCGAUGUCCUCGAAAUCGGAGUUGGCCAGGGCAAGGAGCUGCACAAUGCAGAGUGGCGGCAGCUGUGCGCGAGCUACACGGGUCUGGACGUCCGCAUCGAGGACGAAGCGAAGAAGGCCGCCGCAGCGGUCGCGGCGCCUCCGCCGUACCGAGGAGGCCUUGCGCUGCCUCUCAUUGAUCUGAUGGAAGCAGAUGCUCACGAUCUCCCGCUUUCUUCGGAUACAUUCGACUCCGUGCUCAGCCAUCGGGUACUCUGCUGCGUAAGUUCGCCAGCGACCGUUUUGCACUCGCUCCUCCGCGUGGUUCGCGCUGGCGGGCGCCUGCUACUGUUUGAGCACGGCGCGCUGCACCCGGCCGUCGCCGCGAAGCUCGGCGUCUCUCCGCCAAAGCCGGAGGCCCCCCAUUCGCGCCCGCAGCCGGAGACAGCGAGGCUAGUAGGGCGAGGCGAGGCGCGGAAACAGGAGGGCAGGGGGCGCAAAAGCUGCCGCGCGCGCCGCGGGCGGGCGCAGCAGAGGAGCGAAGCCGAAGGAGAAAAGAAGCGCGAACCUGAGGAAGAAGAGGAGGGAGAGACGCGACGCGGCGGGCGCGGACAGAAACGACAGGAGGUGGACUGGGAGAAAGUCUUUCCGUUGCCACCCGCGGAGCUCGCGGGCGUAGUGAGCGCCCUGGAGAUGCCUCGGGGCUGCCGCAGCGGGGUCGACAGGCGCCGCGGUCAAGACGAGAGGGGCAGCGUGGGAGGAGACGCGUCGCGCAAAGAUCUAAGAACGUGUGCGUGGAUCGACGUGCUGGAGGAAGUUCUGCGGCUCAGGCGAGAGCGAGACACCAGAGAAGAAAGGGCACUCGCCUUCCCUUCCGCGCGGCGUCUUUCUAGGGCGACGGCAGGCGACGACGAGGCGUCGCGUCUCUCGAGAGGACAGGUCGCCAUUGAAAAUGAGGUUGGCGCGCCGAUUUCUGGAGAGGAGUCUCAGCACAGCGACCCCGCGCGAGCUGCAGCUGAUUGGGGCGUGAUUUCGUCUCACGCGUCUCUGGUGCCUUUCGCGGCAGAUGGAAAGACGCCGGUCGUCGAGGAGGUUCACAUCUUCGUGGCGCCGCGGCCCGAGGUCGAGAGGAGCUGGACUUGCGUGCGCUGUGUCGCGGUCCGAUCGUGA